AUGUCUACUACUCGUCCUCCUUACAUUCCUAAUCAUAAAUCAACAAAACCUUCGCUCUACGGAACAGGUCAACACAAGCAAAAUUAUCUUCAUAAGUUUCAAGCUGGCACUACAACUACAUGGUCUGGUUAUACGAAUUUUACAGGAAAACCUUUACUCAAGUCAAAUCAACAUAUUCAUCAUCGUUCAAAAAACUCAAUCGACGUUCAACCAAAAUUAUCUACUUCAUAUACAUUCAAAAAUAAAAAUACACCAUCAUAUAUUAGCCUUAUGUCUAUUAAUCCGAAUGGUAUCUUAUUCAAACAACCACCAAGAAAAAAGACUGUUUCAAUACAACAAGCACAUCAAAUUUAUCAAAAUCAUCAGCAGCAAAUAUCGAAGAACAUUUACCAUCAUCAAUACCAUAAAAACGGAAAAACGCAUCAAUCUAGAUCUCGAUCUCAAUCUCAAUCUCGAUCUAGAUCUCGAUCAAAUCAUCUUCAUCAAACAAAUGAAUUAUAUGCCACUCGUCAUACUCAUUUCAACAUCAAUAGAUAUUCUCACAAAAAUAAUUUUUAUCGUCGAAAAAACUCUUAUUCUCGUUCUCAUUCUCGUUCACAUUCAUAUGACAAAGUAUCUGUUUUAAAUCAAUCAAAGAAUCAAUUAAAAAUAACACCUUCAACAAGAAUAUCAACAUCAAAGAAACUUGUACAUGGAAUCAUCUUAUCUGAUUCAAUAGCAUCUAAAUUUCGAACAUUCAAAAUUACUACACCAGAUAUAAUUCAUGUUGAACUUACUGAUAAAUCAGGUUACAAUUGUGGAAAAAUGGCUGAUUGGAUGUUAUCGAUAGAAGGUAAAAAUAAGAUAAAUGGUAAUUCUGUGGUUCUUUUUUCUUUAGGAACCAAUGACAUAGCACAACUCGGUAUUGAUCUAAAAUUAAAACGGUGUGAAUGGCUUGUCGAAUAUACACGUUCAAAGUUCCCUGGCAUCCAAAAAAUAGGAUGGAUGGCACUAUCUCAACGAUGGAAAUCAUCACGAUUCUUUACAGGAAACGAAUUUCCAACUCUUCACCAAGAAUUUAACAAUCGAUUACAUCUAUUAUCGAAGAAAAUAAAUAUUGAUAUCGUUGAUGCACAAUUACGAGUAGAAGAUAUAAAAAUACAAGAUGGUCUACAUCCAACAUUAUCAUCUGGUCGACAAAAAUUUGAAAAUGUACAACGACAAUGGUUCUUGCAACAAGCAACUUAUCUUUCUAGAACAACUGCCCAGCAACAACUAACAACAAUAACUUGA